CGCUGCAGCCCGCGGAGCCUCCCGCCCGCCCGGGCUGGGGUCGCGCUGGCUCGGACUCCGCUCCCCGCCCGCCGCGGCCAUGGAGGACGAGCGGAAGGACGGAGCCUACGGAACUCCACAGAAGUACGACCCCACCUUCAAAGGACCCAUUUACAACAGGGGCUGCACGGAUGUCAUUUGCUGUGUGCUCCUCCUCCUGGCCAUUGUGGGCUACGUGGCUGUGGGUAUCAUAGCCUGGACCCAUGGGGACCCUCGAAAGGUGAUCUACCCCACCGACAGUCGAGGCGAGUUCUGCGGGCAGAAAGGCACAAAAAACGCGAACAAACCCUUCCUGUUUUAUUUCAAUAUUGUGAAGUGUGCCAGCCCCCUGGUCCUGCUGGAAUUCCAGUGUCCCACCCCCCAGAUCUGCGUGGAGAAAUGUCCUGAUCGCUACCUCACCUACCUGAAUGCUCGCGGCUCCCGGGACUUUGAGUACUAUAAGCAGUUCUGUGUUCCCGACUUCCAGACCAAUAAGGGUGUGGUCGAGGUGCUUCGGGAUGGUGACUGUCCUGCUGUCCUCAUUCCAAGCAAACCCUUGGCCCAGAGAUGCUUCCCAGCUAUCCACGCCCACAAGGGGGUCCUCAUGGUAGGCAAUGAGACGACAUAUGAAGAUGGGCACGGCUCUCGGAAAAACAUCACAGAGCUGGUGGAGGGCGCCAAGAAGGCCAAUGGGGUCCUGGAGGCACGGCAGCUGGCCAUGAGGAUAUUUGAAGAUUACACUGUCUCUUGGUACUGGAUUGUCAUAGGCCUGGUCAUCGCCAUGGUAUUGAGCCUCCUAUUCAUCAUCCUGCUCCGCUUCCUGGCUGGCAUUAUGGUCUGGGUGAUGAUCAUCAUGGUGAUUCUGGUGCUGGGCUACGGAAUAUUUCACUGCUACAUGGAGUAUGCCCGACUUCGUGGGGAGGCUGGCUCUGACAUCUCCCUGGUGGACCUUGGCUUCCAGACAGACCUCCGGGUGUACCUGCACUUACGGCAGACCUGGAUGGCCUUCAUGAUCAUUCUGAGUAUCCUCGAAGUGAUUAUUAUCCUGCUGCUUAUCUUUCUCCGGAAGAGAAUUCUCAUUGCCAUUGCGCUCAUCAAGGAAGCCAGCAGGGCUGUAGGAUACGUCAUGUGCUCCAUGCUGUACCCACUGGUCACCUUCUUUCUGCUGUGCCUUUGCAUUGCCUACUGGGCCAGCACUGCUGUCUUCCUGUCCACUUCCAACGAAGCCGUCUAUAAAAUCUUUGAUGAUGAAACCUGCCCUCUUGUUGGAAAAACCUGCAAACCUGAGAUCUUCCCUUCCUCCAAUGAAUCCCGCCUGUGCCCCAAAGCCCGCUGCCAGUUCGCCUUCUACGGCGGUGAGUCGGGCUACCACCAGGCGCUGCUGGGCCUGCAGAUCUUCAACGUCUUCAUGUUCUUUUGGCUGGCCAACUUCGUGCUGGCGCUGGGCCAGGUCACCCUAGCUGGGGCCUUCGCCUCCUAUUACUGGGCCCUGCGCAAGCCGGACGACCUGCCCGCCUUCCCGCUCUUCUCUGCCUUCAGCCGGGCACUCAGGUAUCACACAGGCUCCUUGGCCUUUGGCGCGCUCAUUCUGGCCAUCGUGCAGAUCAUCCGAGUGAUGCUCGAGUACUUGGACCAGCGCCUGAAAGCUGCGGAGAACAAAUUUGCCAAGUUCCUUAUGACCUGUCUCAAAUGCUGCUUCUGGUGCCUGGAGAAGUUUAUCAAAUUCCUCAAUAGGAAUGCCUACAUCAUGAUUGCCAUCUACGGCACUAACUUCUGCACCUCGGCCAGGAACGCUUUCUUCCUGCUCAUGAGAAACAUCAUCAGAGUGGCUGUCCUGGACAAAGUGACCGACUUCCUCUUCCUGUUAGGCAAACUUCUGAUUGUGGGUAGUGUGGGGAUCCUGGCUUUCUUCUUCUUCACCCACCGCAUCAGGAUCGUGCAGGAUACAGCACCGCCUCUCAACUAUUACUGGGUGCCUAUACUGACGGUGAUCGUCGGCUCCUACCUGAUUGCCCAUGGUUUCUUCAGCGUCUAUGGCAUGUGUGUGGACACACUGUUUCUCUGCUUCUUGGAGGAUCUCGAGAGAAACGAUGGCUCGGCCGAGAGGCCUUACUUCAUGUCUUCCAGUCUCAAGAAACUCUUGAACAAAACCAACAAGAAACUUGCAGAGUCAUAGAGCCCCCGCUCUCCCCACCUCUCGGGAAGCCUCACAGUGGGAGCUCCGUAGCUGGGUCUGUACCCCCAGCCCAUCGGGCUUACCCGAAGUCCUGUCACUGCCGCUCCCCUCCCCAUCCCCAUGAUCCAGUUACCACCAGUUUUUGAGGACCUGGAGAACCGGGGGUAUCUCCUCCCUAUGCCAAGGGGCACUCGGAGUUUUCAAGGCAGCCCCCCGAGACUGUGAAAUGAGUCACUGCAGCCCUCACUGGCCUGGAAGGGGAGAAAUCCGGUGGGAUGGGAGGUGGCCUGACCUGCAGUCUCUCGCGUGCUUCCUAUCCCCUUCUUACGAUGGGACUGAUAACAAGGACAGUGUUUAUGUCUGAAGGAGUGGCCAGCUGCAGGGACCUCCAGCUCCAAACUCCCCAUUCACUCCUGCCUGCUCUGGCCAGGACCAAACCUCUUCUCCAUGGUGGAAAAAUUGCCUCGAGGGCCACCAGAAGCAUUUCUUUUUUUUAACCUGGACAUGCAUUAAAGGGUCUAUUAGCUUUUUUUUCCA